AUGGUAACGAAGUCAACUAUUAUUCUCGUCUCCUCAUCGCUCAUCAGUAUUUUAGGCCGCAUACUGAUCCCAGCAGUGGCAUCGUCACUGGAACCUUCGACAACGUCCGUGCCUCUCACCAAGACCUCCACAGGUCUUGAGGCCACUGUCGACAUACCUUGGGGUCAGACAAUCAAGUACAAGUUUAUUGUCGAUGGACAGUGGUCUGUACUGGAAGACCAACCGACCGAGGUUGACCCAGGAGGAUAUGUCAAUAAUGUCUACACCGCACCUCCCAAGCCAAUUACUCAAGGACAACACGUUGAGGGCAUUUCUACCAACGGCAAGGGUGAGCCUGCGGAGACCGAGAGAGCUGAUUCCCUCUCUCAAGCAGCAGCUGUGACAGGACCAGGGUUUCCUCGAUUACUUGCAGAUAUAGCUAGUACCGUCAUCGCCAGAGACGGUACUUCUUCAGUCCCUGGAUAUGUGGCAUCUGGGCUUGGCGGGGUGGUAAACAGUUCUGUAGGUAUCGAUCCCAUCAACGCAGGGCAGAUCGCCAUUCCAACCUCGAAGGUGGACCCAGAGUUCGAUGCUUCAGCUUCAGCCUCUACCGUGGAUCAGGAUGUGACUGCCAGUCCCAUUUCGCCCCCGAAAUCAAGUACAGACUACAUACCGUCACCAGCUGCGUCUCUUGUGCCAAUCGCGACUGUUCAAGCAGACGCCUUGGAGAACAACAUCAUUACGUCAUCUUCCUCCUCAGACUUCAUCUGCAAAUCACAUAGUGACUACAGAGGUCUCCGUAGCGCCUGGUAG